GCAUGCGCAGCGGGCGGAGCCUGCGGAAGUUCUGACGGUGAAGUCUUUUUGUUUGGGCCACUGAGAGACUCGUCACUUGCCUGCUUUAAUUCCCCUGGUUAACAACCGUUUUUUAUCUGCAUUAAUUUCGGGUGUCUUUUAUGAAUAAUCAAAAGCAGCAAAAGCCAACGCUAACAGGCCAGCGUUUCAAAACGAGGAAAAGAGAUGAAAAGGAGAGAUUUGACCCUACUCACUUUCAAGAAAGUAUCGUACAAGGCUUGAAUCAAACUGGCACUGAUUUGGAAGCGGUUGCGAAAUUCCUUGAUGCCUCUGGUGCCAAGCUUGACUACCGCCGGUAUGCAGAGACACUCUUUGACAUCCUGGUGGCCGGCGGGAUGCUGGCCCCAGGUGGGACUCUAUCUGAUGACAUGACCCGCACAGAGUUCUGCCUCUUCACGGCACAAGAAGACCUGGAGACAAUGCAAGCAUAUGCUCAGGUUUUUAACAAGCUUAUCAGGCGUUACAAGUACCUGGAGAAAGGUUUCGAAGAGGAGAUCAAGAAGUUGCUGCUAUUUCUAAAGGGAUUCACUGAAUCUGAGCGCAACAAACUGGCCAUGCUGACCGGCAUCCUGCUGGCCAACGGUCACAUAUCAGCCUCCAUCCUGAACAGCCUCUUCAACGAGAACCUCGUCAAAGAAGGAGUAUCUGCAGCCUUCGCUGUCAAGCUGUUCAAGUCAUGGAUCAAUGAGAAGGACAUCAACUCAGUUGCUGUCAGUCUCCGCAAAGUUGGAAUGGACAACAGGCUGAUGGAACUCUUUCCUGCCAACAAACGGAGCUGCGAGCAUUUUUCAAAGUACUUUACUGACGCCGGGUUGAAGGAGCUGUCUGACUUCGCCCGCAACCAGCAAUCCAUUGGCGCUCGCAAGGAGCUGCAGAAGGAGCUCCAGGAGCAGAUGUUCCGCGGUGACCCUCAGAAGGAGAUUAUCGCCUUCACCAAAGAGGAGAUGAAAAAAUCGAACCUCUCUGAGCAAGCCAUGAUUGGCAUCAUCUGGACCAGCGUGAUGAGCUGCGUGGAGUGGAACAAGAAGGAAGAGCUGGUGACCGAACAAGCCAUCAAACACUUGAAGCAAUACAGCCUUCUGCUGAAAGCCUUCACCUCCCAGGGUUUGUCCGAGCUCAGCCUGCUGCUGAAGAUCCAGGAGUACUGCUACGACAAUAUCCACUUCAUGAAGGCCUUUCAGAAGAUCGUGGUGCUCCUCUACAAAGCGGAUGUAUUGAGCGAAGAGGCCAUAUUGAAGUGGUACUCUGAUGCCCACAUUACCAAGGGGAAGAGCGUUUUCCUUGAGCAGAUGAAAAAAUUUGUCGAGUGGCUGAAGAACGCAGAGGAAGAGUCAGAAUCUGAUGAAGAGGAGACGGACUAAAACGUCCACCAUCAGAUCAGCUUUUCUCUUUUUUUUUUUUUUUUUUUUUUUUUUCUUUUUUUAAAAUAUUUUUUUUAAAUAAGUAGCAGCAGGAGCGGUAAAAUGUGUUUGGUUUUUUUGGGCCCCCCCCUUUCUCUUCUACCUCCUGUUACUUAUUUAUCCCCAAACACACUCUUUCACCACUCCAAAACCAUACUUUAACAUUAUUUUUUAAAAAGCCCUUACGCCCGACAUGCUUCGGUAUCACAGCUCAUAGUGAAAGUGGAACACAAUGAAUAUCCACCUCCGUUGUUUUUGGGUAUUAUUGUUGUAAUGCCUUCUGUAAUUUGGAUACCAAACAUUCCAUGUGAUCUCGAUGGCCGCUGUUUGUAUUAAUCUGAACAAGGAUUUGAUAACAUUCAAGUUCACGUUUUUGCCAUGCGACUACGAGGCAGAUAAAAAUAUUAAUGCCACUUUGCCAAUGUAUUUUUUUUCCCACUCCCCUUUAACUUUUAUUUGCCCAGCUCACGUUUAGGCUCCUGUUGGGUCUUAUACAUAGCCUUCUUUCUUGACACUUGUUGUGGUCGCUCCGGUCAGUCCGUCAGAAGACACAUAAGAUGCCUCGCCAGCUAACUGAUUAUUGGUUUCUACUUUCUUUAAUCUGAUAUAAACCGAUUGACUUUUUUAUGAAAUAAAGAUUAUUGAAAUGCUU